GGCCUUUCCAUCGUGGCGGCGCCACCGUCCGCCUCCUGCGUCUUGCCACUUCUGUUACAACGGUCGGAGCUAUGGACUGACAAGGACUCAUUGUCCGAUCCCCGGCCCCAAUGACACCGUCAUCGCUGCCACUACAAGCGGCAAUUGAAGCAUCCUACUUUGUCGCCAGUGCGGCAGCCCAUGAACGCAAGGCGAAUACAGAGGUCAACAGCCGCUGAUUGCGGGUGGCUCCGGUUGAGGGGCCUUCGGGCAGCGCAAAAAUUUUGUAAAUGUUCAAAUACCUGGCGUUGGGCUGUAAUCGCGUUUCGCAAUUGUGCCAUGCUCAAACUUCAUUAUUGUAGAUUGGCAGCGGUGGUCGACUGCCGGGCAGUGUAAAUUGGAUCGAACAAUCAAUGCUCGUCGUAAAGUGCUGUGGUUACAGAACAGUGCGUUAGUGCGUUGCAUCCAAGCAUGACGAAUAUUCUAGAGACAACAAUUAUUACCUGGAGAUAAUAGAAAGAACAAGAACGAACGAACAGUUAUCGUUGUUAUUAUCGAAGUUUACGCCGAAUAUCCUGCCUCAUUGGCCCGGACUCAAGUACCCGGCAAAAACACAAUUGUCAGCAAUCAUCGGUAGAGGUAUUCGGAGCUGUACUGCCCCCAAACGAGUGGUGAGGGCUUUUCCUGUCUCAAUUGGAGGCGGGGUCUCGUUAUCGAGGGCGACACAUAACGCUGAAAUAAUCGGCGUCAUUACUUUAUCGGCUGUCUCGUCCGGGAGGUGUAACCAUCGUAUGCCAUACAUGAGUCCGGGCCAGAAAAGCAACGGCAAUAACCUGGUUCGCCACCGGAACUUCCCUUCGAAGCGCACAAGCCUCAGAUGGGGAGACAGUUGCCCCUCGGCUUAUCCACAGCUGCCACCGCUGCACUGUGCCGCUAGCCUCCUCGGCCCCUUUCACUAAUUGCGAGUGGGCUCUGAAGGCUGUUGCACACAAACCAGCAGUUAGCACUGAUCAGCAAGCUCUAGUGCAGAUUUUAAUAACGGUAUCGACAACUUACCGCAAUAAUAGCGACAAAAACUUCAUAACAACGGCAUUAUACUUCAACACCCUCGGACUUUCGACAUUUUUAGCGAUUCACAAUUGUUGUAGCUUUAAAGCAAAAAGAACGUUAGAUGACAGCAUUGAUUUCCGUUGGAACAACUCCCCAAGCGACUGACAGCUUGGUUAAAUUCAACGUGGAUGUAUACGGCUGAGCGUUGAGCGAGCUCGACUCGGGUGACCUACUCUUGAGGGUGCCGAUCUGCAAGUCUCCAUACUAUGCCCACACACACAUAUACCUAUAUAAACAUACAAAUGACGAUUCCCUAAAAGCGACAAUAAUACUGUAACCGUAGCACGAAACAGAAGAAAUAAAAGCGCGUUAUAAAACAAUUCAUAGUCCAGUAGACAGGCAUCUCUUUAGCAUUUUAUUAGGCAAAACGGAAGAACAACGAUCUCGACCGCUAUAGUCUUCUCUCCGCAUUCCCUUCGCUCGUAUCGGACUACCUAAUAGCAAAUGCACCGCUAUUACACUUCUCUCUACUGUUCAGUAUUUCGUUCGACGCUGUCCUUCUCUGAAAUCUGAUAAAAAUAGAAGGCCGUCACAGUCCACUUGUGAAUCGUGUCCUCAUGCCAACAGGCCAACCAUACGUGAACGGAGCAAACGAACAAAAUAGGUAGAAUCCGUUCACUUGCGUAGCAACACGCUGAGUGAGUAGACCGGUUUCAAUUGCAGCUUGGAAUCUUCAAACGAUAUUGUUCGGGAUACGACUGGUAGAAUCUACAACAAAAGAAGAGUAUAUCUCUAUUGACCCUACCUAAGACGACAUGCUAGGUGAGAAGUGGGAGCUUGCAUUUGCUGUAACUGAAAUCGCUUCUGGCACAAUUUUGCCCUAAAAUUACCACAGACAGAAAAAGCUCUUGGAUUGAAAAGUUUUACGAGCGUAGAACGGCAGACGGAGGACGGAAUAGCUAGAAUACGAAUACGAUUAACAGAAGAAGACACAGUGUGAGACUGCAGCAGCACACGAAGACUGAACCAUGACGGUGAACUUCGCUGGCAUCAUUUCGGUGGUGCUGUUCUAUAUCCUGAUCCUUGCGGUUGGCAUUUGGGCGGGCCGAAAGAGCGGCAAACGGACCGGCGAGGAAGGCGAGGCCGACGAAGUGAUGCUCGCCGGGAGAAACAUAGGUUUAUUCGUCGGAAUUUUUACAAUGACGGCAACAUGGGUAGGCGGCGGUUACAUCAACGGAACGGCCGAGUCCGUUUUCAAGGACGGCAUUUUAUGGACUCAGGCCCCCCUUGGAUACGCGCUUUCUCUUGUAUUUGGUGGGUACUUCUUCGCAAAUAAAAUGCGUGCGGAAGGCUACGUCACGAUGUUGGAUCCAUUCCAGGAACUUUUUGGAGGUCGUAUGGGCGGUCUGCUUUUUAUACCAGCCCUGUGCGGGGAGGUCUUCUGGUCUGCAGCUAUCCUUGCGGCACUUGGCGCGACGGUGGGCGUCAUCAUGGAUCUCGAUAACAACACCUCGAUUAUCUCGUCCGCGUGUAUCGCUUUAAUUUACACCCUUUUCGGAGGACUCUAUUCUGUUGCGUACACGGAUGUCAUCCAGUUGUUCUGUAUCUUCCUCGGACUGUGGGUUUGCAUCCCAUUCUGUAUACGUAAUGAGGCUGUAGGUCCACUGACCUUCCCUGUCAACGAUUGGGUUGGUACGGUCGACAGCAAAUACUUUGGCCAGUGGAUUGACUGCGGCCUGUUGCUCAUGCUGGGCGGCAUCCCAUGGCAGGUAUACUUCCAGCGGGUGCUUUCCUGCAGGAGCGCAUUCAAAGCGCAGGUCCUAAGCUACGUGGCAGCGGUGGGCUGCAUUGUCAUGGCCAUACCCGCGAUGAUUAUGGGGGCAGUCGCAAAAGCGACUCAUUGGAAUGAGACCGCGCUCGAAAGGCCGCUCAAAGAGUCAGAGUCGGCUCUUGUCCUUCCGCUGGUGCUGCAGUACCUCACGCCGGGUUUCGUGUCCUGCUUGGGUCUGGGCGCCGUUUCGGCCGCCGUCAUGUCGUCCUCUGACUCCUCUAUACUUUCUGCCGCGUCCAUGUUUGCUCGAAAUGUCUAUAAACUCAUCUUUAGACAAAACGCCUCUGAAAAUGAAGUAAUUUGGGUGAUGAAAGUCUCGAUUCUAUUAGUUGGGAUUAUGGCCACUGCGAUGGCACUCACGGUGAAGUCCGUCUACGGUCUCUGGUACCUCUCUUCGGACUUGGUUUACGUUAUUCUGUUCCCGCAGCUCGUUUCGGUUGUUUACCUCAAAAAGACAGUCAACACGUAUGGAUCCUUAGCCGCCUAUAUUGUGGGCCUUCUGUUACGGGGCCUUGGCGGCGAAUCUAUUCUAGGUCUCCCCGCUGUAAUUAAGUACCCGUACUAUUCCGAAGAGGACGGCCAGCUAUUUCCUUUUCGAACAUUGGCAAUGCUGUGCAGCUUCGGCACUCUCGUCGCCGUUUCGAAGUUUUCGAAGGUCUUGUUUGAGGCAGGCCACCUCCCGCCGCAUCUAGACGUGUUCAACUGCGUCGUCAAUAUACCAGAGGACAUCGUCAAGGUUCAGGAACCUCAAGAGGAGCUUACUGUGCUCAACUCAAGCCUACAUGGAGUCAAAACGUACCAGACCGAGAUGAACGGUCGUGUAAACCCGGCGCUCAACCUCCACCCAGAGUUAAUCGAUAGGGGAGAUCCCCAACUGGCGUCGAGCUGCAUUUCUUCCUCCGCGGAUCUUUCUGCUUCACAGGGUAGGAGUAGCCACUGUAAUGCCACAGCAGUUCCCUUGCCCCACACUAGAGCUUCGACCGCAGAACAGGGCACAACUCACCUUUAGAAAACAACGCAGACAGGUGUCUACCUGAAAAUCAAGUUACCAAAUAACAGUUCUACGAAUACUAUUACAGCAAAGAUGAGUACGACAAUAAGAAUCUCUACAGAACUUUCAUCACGCUCAUUGUCGGUGUACGCCGCUACUGCUUCCGCUGCUGCUGACGCUAGCGUUGACCGGUUAACUUCGCGAACUUCAUCAUCUUCAAUGGUGAUAGCAACAACGGAAGUAGCGACAAUGACGGGCGGGACAUAUGAACAAUCAGCUCGACGCGCCACCCGGAACUGUCCCGUGUUGCGUCGCGCAGCCAGGCGACUGCGAGGCACAACCUCAAACGUAAACUCAACAACGCCAGAAAUCGCUCAAUUGGAAUCUUCCCUCUAGCUUCCUAUUUCUGCUCGAGGGAAUGCUGUAACAGAGACGAAACGAAGUACACUAACAACUGAUCAAUUAUGACGACUGACAGCGGUAAUGAUGGUUGAUGACGAAAAUGAUUGCGACAUCUAAGCGGCAAACCCGAAUGCUGAAGUGAGCUGCGACUGGGGACGGAUCUAACUUCAAUAAUGUCGACUGGUCAAUGCUACGAGAAAAGCGAAAGGUUACAGGCGGUGAAAGGAGAUGCAGGAACGAUUUAGCAACACCAACAUGUACUGAUGACGACAACAACAAUAAGAAUAAGAGUAAUCGGACAAUCGCAGCGAACCUAAUAACGUAACCAUCGGCCAGCAGCGAAACGCUCCUGGCCGAUGGUUACUUGUAAAAUGCUCACUAGGGGAGAGUCCAGCCGGCAUCUCAGAAUAGGAACCUAUAACGAAACAGGGUGACACACUUCGUUAAACGUGAGGAAUGCGAAGUCUAUUACUGCACAACGGUUCAUACUAUAAUAAUGAUAGCAAUGCGUUUAAAAGGAUUAUUUAUCAACCACGCCGACUAUGACUUAUGUCGUAAGCUUAUGAAUUAAAACAAAUUACCAUUUUAUUCGUUUAAUGUGGGUAAAAUCGUACCCAGAAUAUUGGUCAUGGUAUAGAUGACGCGACGAGAGCUGACUGGGCCGGACUGGCAAAGAAGUUCAUAACUAUACAAACAACAUACAGUUAUACCAUCUUGCUGAAUACAGAAAGUGUACAUCAUAGGUAGCCUGCUGCCCGAUGUGGAGACUGAUACAAAAUUCGUUUCGACCACGAAUUCAAUCUGUUACUAUCAAUUUUAACUGACAAACACAGUGAAGAAUCGUGUCCAUGAAACACUGAAGGUGGCGAUGUGCCCUAGUACGUCUCUUCCUGCCGAAUCCCAGCUCUCCCAUCCCAUCCCAUCCCAUCCCAUCGACUAGUUAAUAUUCACAGUUCGCCACAUAUCACUCACUAGAGCUUCGAGUAAAAAUUUAAGAAAACUUUGAAUUUUUCAAACUUGAAAAACGCCGAAUUCAGAGGGAUGUCGUUCAAGUGAACUUACGUCGGAGUUUAACCGUUCAUUGAAAUAAGACGGAUGUACCUCGAGGAGGUCAGGGAGUGCGUAUGUCAGUGUGUGCCAGUCGUCCCAAUGGUAACGACAUAAUCAAAGUCUGAAAGCAAUGCCGACUCCUGCUAACUAUACGCUUCCUGUUCGUAAUGUCAAAUCAUUUUACCUUGCAAUAGACGCAUUUCGACAGAAGAGUCACGUGUUGACUGAAGAGGCAAAACGAGAUGAUCAAAUCAGAGCGUCUUUUCUCUAUAGUGUUUCUCCAACUGAAUGCAAUAGACAGCGCGCGUUCAACUGGAAAUAAACUCUCACGGCAAAUGCUGGUCGCUCCUUUUACCGGAGGGUUAUUCUGUAAUAGCGCAUCAAUGGUGUCCCUCUACGUUCGGCCAGUUCCUAUCCGUUCUUCUUCAAUGAAAGAAACACUAUGUCAACAAGUAGUAGUUGAGAACCUCAUACAUACAUAACGAGUCCGAGACAAAAAUCAGGUUAUGAAUCGUGAUGCAAUGCGAGCGACGGAUUUACACAGGGAAAUUGUUACGAACACACACACACACACACACAAAAAUUGUUAUUAAUAUUAUCGCGAUUAUGAUUGUUAUAAUAAUGACAGUGCAGUGAUCGGGACAUGCUGGUGAGGCAAGCUGAAGUCGAUAGCAGAUGGCGAUCGUAUUGACACAGGGUGGGAUCAGUCAAUUCGAACGAACGAGAGUCAAUCAUUCCCGAACGAAGGAGGUAAAGCGACAAUCACACAGCGGAUUCUAUGAAGGAUGGAAGGUUCAUGUAUUCAAGUAUUAGUAAUUCAGGACACAUAUAAGGCAAUAUACAAGCAACCCUUUAUUGCGUUAGCAGAACGACUCGCUUGAUGUCCUGUUGCUGAGAGUAACGAGUUUCCUGAUCUUAAGCGGAACAUAUAAUCACAUACAUGAUAUAUCUAUGGCUAACGGCAACAUAGACAUGACAUUACUUGUUUGAAUAAUAACGUUGCUUAGUAGUAGGUGCUUAAUAUACGAGCAGACUGGGAAAAGUCGUUCACAGCUUUGCGGUAGCACUUAAUCGACAGAUGGACGAACUCACCGAUCAUUUAACCUGUAAUCUGGGUGGGCUACGUAUAGCUAUCGAAGGAUAUGAGCAAGUAACAUUUGUUGCCGGAAGAGGACUAUAUACACGAGUAAAUGCUAGAUACAUUGGAAUCAUCAUAAUACAAUGAGGAGGGAUACACUCCCUAGACGAAAAGUGAGAUAAAUAGUGAGAUAUUAAACGAUAUCACUAUACCAUUGAAUCUCCCAUCUGUUAUCUCGUUCCCUGACCAUUUUAUCCGAGUAAAAAUCUGCCCGUUUGUCUGCCCGCCUGGUCGAGGAGCAUCGCACGAGACGGGAUCGCUAGAAAUGGCGUAAAAGUGUAAUUUUAAUGUAAAAGAUCAAUUCAAUGAACAUAAUCGAGGUGACGGACACGUUCGAUUAAAUGGUCAGUGAAUGGAAUACAGUCUUGGUUACGAGCCCGGUGCGGUGCUUCUUACGACCGCCGAAAGACAUUUACAAUUAACAAGAUCAUGAUCAAAUCAAGGUUCAUGUUAUAGUGCAAAUACAUUCAAUAGUGAGAUAUUGACAAAUAUAUAUAUAUAUAUAUAUAUAUAUAUACAUAUAUAUAAAAUUACAAACUGAAACAUAACCGCAGACGGUGUGGCAGCAGCAACAUAUAUAUUUAUAUAUAUAGCUGGCUAUUUAUCUGUGGGACUAUCGUAUAUCAAUAUAGAUAUAUAUAUAUACACACACAUGGAGAGAUAAUAUAUAUAUAUAUAAAAUCAUAGAACUAUAAGAAGAAGCACAGAUAACGAUAGUGAGAUUUUUCGAUGUGGGGCGCAACAGUUGCGUCGGUCCAUACCCCUCUAUACAGCAUGGUGAACGUGUUUCUUAUGGCUGCAAUGAAAUCUGCAGAUCAUCUCUGAUCCGAGGCUGAUCUUCGCGAAGGUUCACAGCCUCAACUGACCACUGAAGGAAACCUAAUUAGAUCGCUUUUGGUUACAAUCAAGAUCAGUUCAUUUCCAGUUUUCAGAUCGAUCGAAAUCUGGCCAGAUAGCAAAAUGGUCGUUUAUUUCAUGCUCGUCUAAUGUCUGAAGGGCGUUUGACACGCUGAUGUGUGUGUUGUAAAAUUCCAACUGGCCCUGGCGAGUUCCACUUAGCUCCCAUCGACAAUGUAAACCCCACGCUAUAUUACGGGAAGGCAAAGAUCUUCCCGAAUAGUUUCUACAGCCCCAAAAUGUAACACACCGAGUCGCUAGGAAGACAAUAUUUCCGUUACCGUCAAAACUCAAGUUGAACGUUGCCUGUCCGCGCAGUACGAUAUGGCUACUGCCUUGUCUGGUGACAAAGUGGCACGUCACAUUGUUACCAAGCAUCAGUUCACAUGAGCUUGUGCCUAAUGUUACCAUAAUGAAUUAACAUUACGAUUGUUGCUAGGACCGAUUGUCAAUGUAUUAUUGUUAUUAUUUAUGAAAACGCUUAAAAUAUUAUAGCACAAGAUAAUUACUGUGACAAAUUAUAUUCCUCAUAUACUAAUAUAGUGAUUGUAUUAUGAAAACACAAUUCCUCGAUGAUUAGUUAACAAGAAGUAUGGGUAGAAGCAGUGGGAAGCUAAUUCAUUUGUAUCUUCCACUGCUAUCACUGCUACUACGAUGACAACCAUCAUUGUCUGUUGUUGUUGUCAGUAGGCGCACAUAAUCAUUAGAUUCUAUCUGUGAUAUUAUGCCUGGUUUUUAUGUUUUGUUACAAACAAAUCCAAACAAUCAGCAAAUAGCACACGACCGAAGGGGCUCGCGCCGCCAAUGGGGGCUGAUGACGCACCUUCAAAAAAUCAUGAAAAUGAUGGCGUUUAGCUUCAGGCUAGGUCGAUCAAACAUACGAUUUUUAAUUACCAUUUAUUAAUUUGCUUUAAAGCACAAUGUGUGAGGGGUAGAGCGAGCCUAGACAAAUGCGAUGUCGGUUACCCUCCGAACUUGGCAUCGUCCUGUGUGUAGGCUAGUUGAACAGGAACGAUAGUCGUGAUUUCGCCAUGACUACUAUCGGCUAUAUAUUUUGCAAUCUUUACGAUUGCAAAAUCUCCAAGAUUCCCCCUUUAGGGGUUAAACUUGUGGUGUAAACUAGUUCGCCGUAGGACGACCGAAACAAGCCACUGGAAAGGCGGCGCUAAAACUCUACAACAACCAACCUAAAUACGCAAUUGAUUUCAUCUUAGCGCCUGUCAUGGUCGUAGAUCCUACUACCCCUUAACCUGACUAAUUCAUUCACUGUUGUUAUAGGCAGUGUCUAUCUAAAAUGUACAGCAUAGUUUCAAAAAAUUACAUUAGGCUGUUGCUAUUUUUCUAGUAAAUCUUUGAAGACCAGUCUAUUGAGUUAUGUAACUGUUUUAGCUAUUCGUAGCGUGGACCCCUUUGAAUUCGAGUAGGUAGAUGAAAAAGUAGAAUAUGUAAUUUCGAAAUUAAUUGCGGGAAAGCGCCACCAGUACGAUUUAGUUCACUGAGUUCCAAGAACGUUUUUAAAGUGACCUUUAAAAUCAUCUUUUCAUUCCAUGUCCAGGUCUUGGAGUUCAUGAAAAUUGUUGCAGAACACGAUCGUAUGUAGGGCGUCAAUGCCUUUACGGCGAUAGGAGACGAUUUGGCAUAGCACUUCAGGCGUUGAAUUAAUUCCUUGGGUGAUCGGGCAACACUAAGCUAUAGUGUCUCAUAAUCCUGUUAAUAACAACAUAUAUAUAAUUCAUAUUCACUUUAGCAUGAAAACCUACUCGGGUAGUGUCCCGGUGACCGCACAUCACUAUUAGCAGCAGGCGCAGAGUGUCAUCAUACCUUCGAUACAUCAAAAGGUUUCCGAGAGGCGUUUUUACAUUUUCCUUUCAUCAGUGAUUUAGUGAGCGGCCUUUGUUAAUGUAUUAUAAAGGUUGUGCUGCCGGGCAAUCUUCCUCCGACGGCCAACUGACUAAGUACAUAGACGAAGUAAAACGUGUAUACAAUAUGUAACAGGAAACACUAUAUAUAUAUAUAUAUAUAUAUAUAUAUAUAUAUAUAUAUAUAUAUAUACAGAAAAAUGAAAAUCAUAUCGGGCCAGAAGCGUAAGGGAAGCAAGAAAGGAAAGACAACAAAAACGAAACAAGUAAAAAAGAGGGAGGAAGAGCGAGAGAGAGAGAUAUAUAUAUAUA